AUGGUUUUAGAGAAAUUGGAGGGUUCUUACUUGGAUGAGUACAACAAAUUGGAGGCAUAUGCUCAAGAGUUGAGAGAAACAAACCCUGGUACUGAUGUGGUGAUACAGAUAUCCAAGGAUGCAAUGGAGGAAGGUAAGAGAAGAUUUUUGAGGAUGUAUAUCAGUUUCCAAGCCCUGAAGAGUGGAUUUAAAGCAGGUUUGAGACCUUUUAUAGGUCUAGAUGGAACAUUUUUAAAAGGCAAAUGCAAAGGGAUGUUGUUAGUUGCUUGUUCUCAAGAUUCUUGCAAGCAUUUUUAUCCACUAGCUUGGGCUAUAGUGGAUAAGGAAACAAAGACAACCUGGCAGUGGUUCAUGGAGAACUUGAAGGCUUCUUUGGAAUUGAAAGAUGGUGAAGGGUACACAUUCAUGUCAGAUAUGCAGAAGGGUUUGUUAGAUGCUGUGAGGAAUGUAUGUCCACAAUCAUAUCACAGAUAUUGUGCAAGGCAUAUUGAAGCAAAUUGGAGCAAAAAAUGGAAUACUGAUGAGAUGAAAAAGUUAAUGUGGUGGUGUUCUUGGAGCACAUAUGAGGUGGAAUUUAAGGACAUGUUGAAACAGCUAGGUGAAGUUUCUGAGGAUGCUGUCAAGGACUUGCUGAACUAUCCUCCAGUAACUUGGUGUAGAGCUUACUUUGAUACCCAAUGUAAGAAUCCAAUGGUGGACAACAACUUUACAGAGUCCUUCAACUCUUGGAUUCUUGAAGCUAGACAUAAGCCAAUAGUGAAGAUGCUUGAGGAUAUAAGAGUGAAGGUGAUGAAUCAACUAAAGGAUAGAGCAGAAGAAGUAAACAGUUGA